UUCGUAUAUUGAUAAAUUGACAAUCCAUAUCAACAAUAAUGGAGAAAUCUUAUUCCAAGUUCAUGUUGUAUGUCGUGCUUUUGAUUUUUGUUGUUUCUCAUGGGAACAAUAAACAAAUUGGAGCAGAAGGAAGAAAUGUAAGCAAACGUUGCCUAGGUCCAGAAGAUUGUGCUUCGUGGGGCCCUGAAUGUCAUUGUAACAUGGGGCUUCAUAUGUGUGUCUGCGAUGUCGAACAGAGUGUAAGCCCUAAUGUAAAUUUCAAGGGACUUGAAGAAGGAUAUUAAAAAUGAACAUGAAUAUCAUAUGAAUAAAACGAGUGGGAAUGAAUCAUGAGUGCUAAUGUGCA